AUGCCGCCCAAGAAAAGUGCCAGGGGUGGCGGCUCCGACAAGGCCUCUGCGCCCAUGGUCCUUCAACCCGGCAGACAAGAGUUCAUCCAAGGCCUGGAGAAGGUGUUAGAGCACAUCACGGCGGCUGUGAACCAAGUCGCCCCUGUGGCCACCUACCGCAAGUACAGCAGGCAUCUGAAGACCAAUGCAGUGGCAGCGCUGGCGGGCCAUGUCGUGGCGGAAGAUCGGACCUUCAGGGCGGCGCAAAGAGAUCUGGUGCAGCAGAUCCAUACCGACUUCGACAAGGUAGGAAGGCUCACUUGCACUUUGCUUUCCUGCGUGGCCUCGAGCAUGUCGACGGUUUCGACGAUCGGCGUCACCGCUUUUUCCUUGGCGGGCCGGGAGCUGGCAAAGGUCGAUGUGCCACGGGAUGUCUCUGUGCGGAUGCUGGUCGAAGCGCUGGGGGCGACUGCUGGAAUCUCCUGGGAUGCAUUGCAGUUGACAUGGAAAGGCGAAACCUUCGAGGACUGGAGCCUUCAACCCUUCGCCUUUGACUCAGAGCUGUCUUCUAUAGAGCUUCAGGUGGUUCUGCAGCCGCAGCCUGCGUGGCUGGAAACCGAGCAGGCUGUCGAACUCUUGCAGGUGUUGAAGGAGCCGUACGAUGGGCUGCGAAGCCUGAGCUUCGCCCUUGGAUCUCUCCGAGAGCUCUCGCUGGGUGCGAAAGAUGACGAUCCGUGUCUAAAGGACAGCCGCGGCGAUGAAAGCAGCGGUGUCAUGUCAGCUUCUCAGUUGAAUGCGCUCUCGCGUGCCGUUCUUGAUAGGAGGUUGCAGUGCACGGUCCUGUGCCUUCGCGGCGUGCUUCGGCCAAUGGCGCUGAUGGACCGCGUCGUGGACCGGCAAGACUCAGCUAACUUAGUCUCACUGCUGUCACAUAUGCCGCAGCUCACAUCCUUGGAUCUCUCCGGCAACCGUUUGGGGUACACCAACACUUGCAUGGGGGCGCUUAGCACAGCGAUGCCCAAACUUCAAAAGCUGACUUACCUGAACCUCUCCUGCAAUGGAUUUUUUUCGUUCCAUGGCUUGCAUCGGGGCUCUGGUGCACUGCCGCCCCAUUCGUCUGAACUCUUCGUGAGCUUGCUGACUUUGCCGGCCUUGGAAGUUCUGGACCUGCACUUGAACGACAAGGCCCUGGUCCGUGGUUUCGAUGCAGAAAAAGAAGAGCUGGCUUCCUGGUAUCUGCCGAGAUUGCUGAAAGAGCUGCCGUCUUUGAAGAAGCUCGUCUUUGCUGCGAUCGAUGCCGGUUUGAGCACGGUGGCAGCCUUGGAGGCCGCGAGACAGCCGGGUUGUCAGAUCGACUACGGCUUGGGAGACCACGUCGCCAAGGCCCUCUGUUCGAUUCAGGAGCCUCGGGAAGAGGGCGUCUUCCGCCUGCCCCUCCUGGAUUUGGAGCCUGCGAAGCGGUCCUGGCCGGUCCGCGCGGCCUAUUACUGGCACAUGGGCUGUGGCCUCUCAGCUCUCGAGGAGGACCUGAGGCGCCGCGUGGUGUCAGUGGACGUCUCCGGAACCGAGCUCGGCCGCUCCUGGCCCGCUCUCGUCGAACACGUCCUGCCGCACUUCCCAGCGCUGUGUGAGCUGAAGCUGCAGGAGACGCAGGUUGCAGUCGAAUUCCUCAUGGCUCUGCACCAGCCGGCAUUCGCGUCCUUGACAAAGAUUGACCUAGCAGGCUGUGGUUUGUGCCACUUCACGAACUUGGGCGAGGACGGGCCGCCGCAGAUUGCGCAGGCAUUCUUGUUCUGGUCUGAGUCUUUGACUGAUCUUGACCUCUCUCAGAACUUCAUAAGCGAAUACGGAGAUUUCUCACCAGGCCACUUGGAGCACAACCUGCCUCCCCUAGUUCGUGGCCUGAAGCGCUUGAAGAGACUAGCCUUGCGUGACAACGAUAUUGGCGUCCGGUCGAAGAAGCGGUUCUGGUCCUUGAUUCGAGCUGCUUUCGACUUCGAAGCUGGAUCGCUGGAAGAGCUUGACCUGGAGUGUAAUAAUCUGGAGUCUCCUGAGUGGGCCGAACUGGUCGACCGCCUGCGUGCGGUGGCCCAGCAGCUAUGCGAAAGUCAUUUCGCGCAGUUGUACGACAUCUACUUGCAUCAGCAGAAGUGGGAUCCCGACGCCAUCGAAAAGUCCCAUCAGACCCACGCGCAGCUUGCAGAAGGCAUGGCCGAGUUGCAGACGUUCGACAAGUACUUGGACAAGAUGAAGACGACUCACGCCAGCGGCUUCUUGCACAUCGAAGCCCACUCUUUGAAAGCUUCGCUGGUGCCACACGUGGAAAGUGGCCUGCAGUUCUUGAAAGUGCAGCUCAGGGCUUUGGCGUCCAAGACUUGCAAGCUGGCUGUGGAGCGCUUCACAGAG